CGACUUUUUACCACGUGGGGACGUUUUUGCAGAGGUAGCAAAACAUCCGCAGUGACGCUCGCUCGUCUGUCAGUGAGCAUGAAAAGAACUUUUCUUGUUUCUUUCUGACGUCCGAAGAAUCUCCGCAAAGGUUCCGCCACCAGGGUCACUUUCUCCAGACCAUGCCCCACGACCCCGACCCUCCUCCGGCGAAGAAAUUCAAGCCGGGGUCUGUUUUCUUCCGUCUCGAUAAGAAGAAACCUGGAAUGCUGCUGCCUAGAAAGGGAAAUGCAACCACUCCGAUAGACGUCCAGAGGAAACAGCUUCCCAUCUACCAGGCGAAACCUCAGCUGCUGAACCAACUGAGACAGCUGCACAAUGCUAUCCUCAUAGGGGAGACCGGCUCUGGGAAGACCACUCAGAUCCCCCAGUAUCUGUAUGAGGCUGGCAUCGGACGACAGGGCAUCAUUGCCAUCACUCAGCCUCGUCGUGUUGCUGCAAUCUCACUGGCAGGAAGGGUGGCAGAGGAGAAGAGGACUCAGCUUGGCAAGCUGGUUGGUUACACAGUGCGCUUUGAGGAUGUCACCUCCUCUGAGACAAAGCUGAAGUUCAUGACAGAUGGCAUGCUGCUGCGUGAGGCCAUCGGAGACCCCUUGCUGCUGCGCUACACAGUGGUGGUCCUGGACGAAGCUCACGAGCGCACUGUGCACACUGAUGUGCUGUUUGGCGUGGUCAAGACUGCUCAACGCAGGCGCAAAGAACUUAAUAAGAUUCCCCUGAAGGUCAUAGUGAUGUCAGCCACGAUGGAUGUGGAUUUGUUCUCAGAGUACUUCAACAAGUCACCUGUGCUGUACCUGGAGGGCAGGCAGCAUCCCAUUCAGAUCUACUACACCAAGCAGCCCCAGUCGGACUACCUGCAGGCGGCACUCGUCUCCGUCUUCCAGAUCCAUCAGGAGGCACCUCCGUCCCAUGACAUCUUAGUCUUCAUGACGGGUCAGGAGGAGAUCGAGGCUCUGGCGAGGACAUGCCGGGACAUCGCCAAGCAUCUGCCCGACGGCUGCGGUCCCAUGGUAGUUAUCCCUUUGUACGCAUCGCUGCCCCCAGCACAGCAGCUCAGGGUCUUCCAGCCAGCUCCCAAGGGAUGCAGGAAGGUCAUCCUCUCAACCAACAUUGCCGAGACGUCAGUCACAAUCUCUGGGAUCAAAUUCGUCAUAGACACGGGGAUGGUGAAGGCCAAACGUUUCAACCCUGACAGCGGGCUGGAGGUGCUGGCGGUGCAGCGGGUUUCUAAAGCCCAGGCGUGGCAGCGAGCGGGCCGGGCUGGCAGGGAGGACUCCGGCUCCUGCUAUCGUCUCUACACCGAGCAGGAGUUUGACAAUCUCAUCCCGAUGACUGUGCCUGAGAUCCAGAGGUGUAACUUAGCCGGUGUGAUGCUGCAGCUCAUGGCUCUGGGGAUUCCAGAUGUGAUGAAUUUUGAUUUCAUGUCCAAGCCUUCCCCAGAGGCCGUUCGCUCUGCUGUGGAGCAUUUAGAGCUGCUGGGGGCUGUGGAGAGGAAGGAGGGGCAGGUUCUCCUCACUGCUCUGGGAAGGAAGAUGGCAAGCUUCCCUCUGGAGCCUCGAUACGCUAAGACCAUCCUGUUGUCCCCUGACUACUCCUGUUCUGAAGAGAUUCUGAGCAUUGUGUCUCUGCUAUCAGUGGACACGGUGCUAUAUAACCCUCCUGCCCGGCGGGAAGAGGUGCUCGCUGCACGCAAGAAGUUCUCCUCCAGUGAAGGAGACCACAUGACACUGCUCAACAUUUACAGAGCGUUCAAGAAAGUCAGUGGUAAUAAGGAGUGGUGUCGAGAGAACUUUGUCAACAGCAGGAACAUGGGUCUGGUGAAAGAAGUCCAGGCGCAACUCAGAGAUAUCUGCCUUAAGCUCAAUUUGAAGCUGGAGUCAUGUGGGGCGGACACAGGGAAUGUUCGUCGCUGCCUUGCCCACGGGAUGUUCGUCAACGCCGCGGAGCUCCAACCUGACGGCAGCUACUUGGCUCUGGACACCCACCAGCUCGUGGCCAUCCACCCCUCCUCCGUCCUUUUCCAGGGCAAGCCAGCAUAUGUAGUCUUCAACGAGCUGCUGCACACCUCCCGCUGCUACAUGAGAGACCUGUGUUUGGUGGACGCCGACUGGCUGCUGGACGCAGCGCCAGAGUACUUUGGCCGCAAACUGCACCCCACAAAGAGCUAGCCAAUAGAGAAACAGGACUGAAGUAAAUCUCUGCAAGGACACCUUCCUCAAAUCACCCAGAGACAAUAAAACUGGAAAACGUACUCUCUUCACAGCUGAUUUCAAAUCAGAACAGAACAUUUUCUGUGCAGUAAACUGCUCUGGAUUUCACUACCUCCCAGUUGACAAGCAUUUGACACAUGUCACUGCAGCAGAAAUCUGCAUAUUGAGGCCUCACAACUUUGACUUCCUGUAAGACUGUAAUUCAGAUUUUAUAAACUUUGUUUCUUCUGCCUGUUAGUAUUUCAUCUUGCCAUGUUGCCACCUGUUAAAAGGAGUACUUCACCCAAAAAAUGACCAUUUGUAUACAAAUAACUCUCCGUGUUACCCUGAAUUUGUUAAUUUUUCUUGCGUGCUUCCACAGUGAACAAAGAAUCCAAAAUAGAUGAACAUUCGUCAUGAAUUUUCAAAAACCAGUUUACAAACUCAGUACUUUCCAAACAGAUGCAUUUUUGCUAAAACUUUAGUUCUUAUAACUGAACUAAAAGUGAAACUUAGGGGCCAUACACAUGCUGCGUCUUAAACCGCCUGGAAAACACGAGGUUGUGCGCUGGGUGCUACUUUUGUGCUUUUUUUUGUGCCAGCUUUCAAGAGCGCAGCGGCAAGUUGGGUCUUAGGUUGCUAAGCCACCUCAACAAACACUGUACCAUAGCCCAUUUACCUGACAUCCUGAGUGCAGAGCUGAUCUUCUUCCAGGAGCUGUUUAUAAGUGUGUAGGCCUAUCGUCCGUGGGACAGAUGUAAAGCUCUGGCAGCCCUGCACUAAAAUGAUCAACUUCUCCAUAUUUAUCGAUAUAUCGAUAUUUAAAGAUAUCUGUUGGCGGUGUGCGCCACUGCUUUCCAAAAGUUGAACUUGGUUUAUCUCAAAGCGCAGCCGUUGCGCCUUUAAAAUGGGCUCUUGGGAACGUGUGCACGCCGCAGUGGCGUCCUUCAGGCGUUUGAGUGCGCCUGCCACGCGUCUACAUUGAAAACAAUGAAUUUGAAGGCGUAAAAAACCCAGCAUGUGUACGGCCUCUUAUCUAUGCUCUCUUCAAAGCUAGACUUCAUUGACAAAGACAGUAAUUUUACCUCACUGAAGUUACACGGGAGCUGCUGGUCUACCACUGCCUCAAUCAGUUAGUUUAUUUCCAUUGUGUGACUUUGGUGAAUUUGAACAUACCCUUUAAAACAGCGAAGUCACACAACAACAAAAACAAGUUCACCGAACGAGGCAGUGGUAGACCAGCAGCUCUCGUUUCCAGCAAGGUAAAAUUACUAUUUUUGUCAAUGGAGUCUGGCUUUAAAGAGAGCAUAGAUAAGUUUUACUUCCAGUUUCUGUCAGAAAGGGACGUCUCUUUGGGAAGUACUGAGCAUACGACUUGAUAAAUGAGACAAAGUAGUUUUGCUGUAGUUAAACAUGGACCCUGAUUACGUCAGUUCGCAUUUUUCGGAUUCUCUCUUCACCGUGGAGGCAUGCCAGAAAAACAAAGUUUAUCUCAUAAAUUCAAUGUAACACACAGUGAGUAACUGAUACACAAAUGAUCAUUCUGAGGGUGAAGUAUUCCUUUAACACUCAAAAAACUCUUUCUGAGGUGUCACGCAUCAUUUCUUGCAACAUUUGCAUGCAUUUUAAUCGCACAGAUAACCUCACAGGAGCAGGUCUUUAAGAAGCGUUGUCUGAUAUGAUUUAUCUGUUCAUUCUUUCUUAAAAUCAAAUCAGACUCGAUAGAAUGCCACUCUCCAUAUGUUAUUCUCACAAAGUAUAGCACUUAAUUCUUAAGCCAUCUAACCAACAAUAUUCAGACAGCACUAGUCGACUGGCUCAUGGUUCUGUCAGUGUCAUUUUGAAUAGUAAUGAGGAGUUAAAGCAGUCAGGUCUUAAGCUUUCCCACCAUGUUGUUUUGGAUUUAUACAAAGUGGUCUUAAAGGGUUUUAUAUAUGCAAGGACAGUAGAUUUGUCUUAAUCUGUGAGAUUAUGGAAAUACAAGAAAAUCACCAAAGUUGGAGUUAGAAUAUGAGGUUUUUAUGACACGACUUCACUUUUAUAUUUACUCUACAUGCAGCACUUGUCUUGUCAGCUUGUGCAUGCUUGUUUUUCCCCACAUCUAUGAUUGUAUCACCAGUUCCCCCGAAAUACAUACACAUCAGGAGAAGUAGCAUGCCUUAUUCUCCAGGUUCUACUCUUUGCUGUUGUAUGUUACUCAGCCCGUACACAGACUAACCACAGAUGUAUGCUGACAACAUAUGUAUGCAAUGCAUGGAGAUUCUAGUUAAUGAUCUGACCCCUCAGGUCUUUCAUACUUUGUAGAAUGUAAAUCACACCAUGUUUAGAAAUAGGAUGGAUGCCCCUUUUGUCUUUUCUUUUUUACACUGGACUCAGGACUGUACAAUAUAUACUGUAACCUGAAUACAAUACAUAACUAUUUCUGACUAUUAAAAAUACCAAAUGCAUCUGGGGUAGAGAGUCAUCAGACUAUGUCACAAAGAGGUUGUGUUCAGUGCUUACUUUUUCAGUCACAACGGAACAGUAGACCAUUUGAGAUCUGCAUGUUACGAAGUUUGUAGGAUUAAAUGCACGCCUUUGAUGGUUUUAUUAUGAGUAUAUUUAAUAUGAUUUGUUAAAGUCUUACAUAACCACUAUUGAUAUAAUUUCUAAUAAAAUCCAGUCACUGUCCCUCCGAACGAGUCUGCAUGU